UGGGUCUCUGAUGCUAUGUCCAUUAUUGUUGGUUUGUUAUUUUGUUAUGUUGGGUUAUUUGGAAAGUGGAAAGAAGACGAAGAUUUUCAUCUUUUGGAGCCAUUUCUGGAAACUAGUUCUAAUCGAGACAAUCACAAUGACAAGCAAGGAUCAAGUGUCAGUGGAGACAAUGUAACUCCUUAUUCAAAGGCCAAUAUUCAUAGUAUUUUUACUUUCUCUUGGAUGGGACCUUUGCUUGCAUUGGGAUAUAAAAAAACACUUGACAUUGAAGAUGUUCCUCAACUUGACAAUUGUGAUAGUGCCAAGGUGGUCUUUGCUUGUUUUAGAAAUAAACUUGAAUUUGAUAUCAAUGACAAUGGGAAUGGAGGCCAGGUAACUACACUCAAGCUAGCAAAGUCAUUGAUUCUCUCAAGAUGGAAAGAAAUUUUAUGGACUGGUCUACUCUCUAUUAUAUGCAUAUUGGCUUCUUAUGUUGGACCAUAUCUUAUUCGUGACUUUAUUCAGUAUCUCAUUAGCCCUCACAAAUUAAAAUAUGAAGGCUAUGCCAGAGUGUUUAUUUUUUUUCUUUCAAAACUGAUAAAGUGUCUCUCAGAGAGGCACUUGUUCUUUCGAUUGCGAAAGAUGGCAAUUAGGGUUCGUGCUUCCUUGUUCCCAUUAAUAUAUAAAAAGGGUCUCAAAAUUUCAAGUCAAUCAAAGCAAGACCACACUAGUGGGGAGAAUGUUAAUUUGAUGAGUGUUGAUGUUGAGAGAGCCGGUCUUUUCAGUUGGUAUGUACAUGAUAUAUGGAGGGUGCCACUUCAAGUUGUUCUAGCAUUAUUGAUAUUGUACAAAAGGUUGGGGCUUGCUUCAUUUGUAGCUUUUAUUGCCACAAUGAUUUUGAUGUUAGCUAAUGUUCCACUAGGAAAACUACAGGAGAAAUUUCAAGGGGAAUUGAUGGAUUCAAAGGAUCGAAGGAUGAAGGUGACAUCUGAAGCUUUGAGGAAUAUGAGAAUUCUCAAGCUCCAGGGUUGGGAGAUGAAGUUUUUGUCUAAGAUAAUUGAGGUCAGGAAAUUUGAAACAAGAUGGAUAAAAAGGUUACUUUAUACAUCAGCUAUAACUAGUUUUGUCUACUUGUCUGCUCCAAUGUUUGUAUCCAUGGUUACUUUUGGAUUUUGUGUGCUUAUGGGGAUUCCACUAGACUCGGGGAAGAUUUUAUCUGCUAUUGCAACAUUUGAGAUAUUACAAGAGCCCAUUUAUAAUCUCCCAGACCUAAUCUCUAUGGUAGUUCAGACUAAUGUUUCCCUCCAUAGGAUAGCAUCAUUCCUUUGUCUCAAUGAUCUUCAAACAAAUAUAGUACAACAGCUUCCGAAAGAUAGUUCUAAGAUUGCAGUUGAGAUAGUCGAGGGAAAUUUCUCCUGGGAUCUUCACUCCCCUACUCUCACAUUGAAAGAUCUUAAUUUUCAAGUGUAUUGUGGUAGACGAGUAGCUAUUUGUGGUUCUGUUGGGUCAGGCAAGUCAAGCCUACUUUCAUGCAUAUUGGGGGAAGUGCCAAAGGUAUCUGGUAGCAUUAAGUUGAAUGGGACGAAGGCCUAUGUUGCACAAUCACCUUGGAUACAAAGUGGAAAAAUAGUAGACAAUAUAUUGUUUGGUAAGAUGAUGGACAAGGAAAGGUACGAGAUAAUUCUUGAAGCAUGUUCAUUGAAGAUGGAUCUAGAAUUAUGGGCAUUUGGGGAUCAAACUAUCAUAGGGGAGAGGGGUAUCAACCUGAGUGGUGGGCAAAAACAAAGAAUCCAGAUGGCACGUGCUUUGUACCAUGAUGCUGAUAUAUAUCUACUUGAUGAUCCUUUUAGUGCCGUAGAUGCCCACACGGGAACUCAUCUAUUUAAGGAGUGUUUACAAGGAAUUUUGGGUUCGAAAACAGUAAUUUUUGUUACCCACCAAAUAGAGUUUUUAUCUUCUGCUGAUUUGAUCUUGGUUAUGAGAAAUGGAGAGAUUACUCAAACAGGAAAGUAUGAAGAAAUUCUUCGUUCUGGAACUGACUUUAUGGAGUUAGUGGGUGCACAUGAAAAUGCUUUGAAAGACCUUAAAUUUGUCAAAUGUGAGUCUACUUUAGAAAAUUUAAUUAGUGCUGAAGAAGAUGACACUAUGUCAUGUGGCAAGUCUAUUCAAGACGAUGAGGAAAGAGAACCUGAGAACUGCAAAUUAGAAAAGGUGUUUCAACCAGAAGGGCAGCUUGUCCAAGAAGAAAAGAGAGAAAAAGGUGGAGUUAGUCUUUCAGUCUAUUGGAGGUAUGCCACCACUGCAUAUAAAGGCACUUUUGUUCCAUUGAUAAUUUUGGCACAAACACUUUUUCAGUUUCUCUUUAUAGCAAGUAGUUAUUGGAUGGUGUUAGCUACUCCUGUUUUAGAGGAUGUGAGACCUCGUGUUAGAGGAACCACGCUCAUUUUUGUAUAUGCUGCUAUGUUUCUUGGAAGCUCUCUUUGUGUACUUAUAAGGUCCAUGCUCACUGUAACGGCUGGAUACAAGAUAGCUACUCUUCUCUUCAAUAAAAUGCAUCUAUGCAUUUUUCGUGCUCCCUUAUCAUUUUUUGAUUCUACUCCAAGUGGAAGGAUUCUAAACCGGGUAUCCAUAGAUCAAAGUGCAGUCGAUACCUCUAUUCCACAUCACAUUGAAGAAUUUCUUAUUUCAAUACUUGGAUUCCUAGGAACUGCUAUUGUACUUUCACAAAUUGCAUGGAAAAUGUUAAUAGUUUUUAUUCCGAUGAUUGUGACAUGCAUCUACUACCAGCAAUACUACAUAUCUGCAGCACGAGAACUAUCACGGAUGGUUGGAGUAUGUCAGGCUCCAAUUAUACAACAUUUUUCUGAAUCUAGUUUAGGUUCAACCACAAUCAGGUGCUUCGAUCAAGAAGAAAGGUUUAUGGACACAAACCUCAAGUUGGUAGAUGGGUAUUCACGGCCUAUAUUUCAUUUCUCUGGCGCAAUGGAGUGGUUAUGUUUUCGCAUGGAUAUGUUGGCAUCCAUUACAUAUGCUGUAUCUUUAAUAUUCUUGAUCUCAGUCCCGAAAGGAGUACUUAGUCCUGGCGCGAUUGGUUUAGCAGUUACAUACGGGCUUGUGUUCAAUAUGCAAGGGGUCAUAUGGGAUCUUUGCAGUCUUGAGAAUAAAAUCAUAUCCAUUGAGAGAAUAUUGCAGUACACUUGUAUCCCUAGUGAACCCCCUCUAUAUAUAGAAGAAAAUAAACCAGAUCAUGAAUGGCCAUCACAAGGAAAAAUUGAAAUUAUUUCUCUACAGGUCCGGUAUGCCCCACACCUUCCACUUGUCUUGCGAGGUCUCACAUGUACCUUUCCCGGAGGGAUGAAGAUUGGUAUCGUUGGACGAACAGGAAGUGGUAAAUCAACUCUCGUACAAGCUCUCUUCCGUAUGCUUGAACCUACAAUUGGUCAAAUUUUGAUAGAUGGUAUCAACAUCUCUAAGAUUGGUCUUCAUGAUUUUCAGUCAAGAUUAAGCAUCAUCCCACAAGACCCAACAAUGUUUGAAGGGACUCUAAGAAGUAAUCUUGACCCGCUUGAAGAGUAUAGUGAUGAACAGAUCUGGGAGGCUUUAGAUAAAUGUCAGCUUGGUGUUGAAGUUAGAAAGAAAGAAGGAAAGCUUUAUUCAGCAGUGUUUGAAAAUGGAGAGAAUUGGAGCAUAGGUCAAAGGCAGCUUGUCUGCUUAGGGAGAGUAUUAUUGAAGAGGAGCAAAGUGUUGGUACUUGAUGAAGCUACUGCAUCAAUAGAUACUGCAACUGACUAUCUAAUUCAGCAAACACUUAGGCAACACUUCUCAGGGUCUACUGUUAUCACAAUCGCACAUAGGAUAACUUCAAUUCUUGAUAUUGAUAAGGUCCUCCUUCUCGAUAAUGGUCUUGUACUAGAAUAUGAUUCUCCAACCAAAUUGCUAGAGAACAAGUCCUCCUCAUUUUCAAAGCUUGUUAAGGAGUAUACUCGAAGAUGUAGUUCCUAGUUUGAAAGGUUUAAUGAGUUUUGAAUGUUAAAAUGUAAGCAUGCUACAUUUGAAUGAAGUACACUGCUAUAUUGAUCUGGAAAAAAAAAA